UUGUUAGAGUUGGUCUCUCUUCCAGUUUGCCAGUCUCAGGUUCUGCACCAAUUAGUAUUGAUCUUUUACAGGAAAACACUAUUACACAUCAACAAAAAUGGAGGCCAUCAAGAAGAAAAUGCUUAUGCUGAAGUUGGACAAGGAAAAUGCGCUGGAUCAGGCGGAACAGGCUGAAACGGACAGAAAAGCAGCUGAAGACAGAAGCAAGCAGCAUGAAGACGAGCUUAUACAAAUGCAAAAGAAGCUGAAAGCAACAGAAGAUGAGCUUGAUAAAUACUCCGAGGCCUUAAAGGAUGCUCAGGAGAAGCUUGAAGUUGCUGAUAAGAAAGCUGCUGAUGCAGAGGCAGAAGUGGCUUCCCUCAACAGACGUAUCCAGCUCGUAGAGGAGGAGCUGGACCGCGCUCAGGAGAGGCUGGCAACAGCUCUGCAGAAACUGGAAGAAGCUGAGAAGGCUGCAGAUGAGAGCGAGAGAGGCAUGAAGGUGAUUGAGAACAGAGCUCUGAAAGAUGAAGAGAAGAUGGAGCUCCAGGAGAUUCAGCUGAAGGAAGCUAAACACAUCGCUGAGGAGGCUGACCGCAAAUACGAGGAGGUUGCUCGUAAACUGGUGAUUGUAGAAGGAGAGUUAGAGCGUACAGAGGAGAGGGCAGAGCUGGCUGAGGCUAAAUGUGCUGAGCUGGAGGAUGAACUGAAGAAUGUCACCAAUAACCUAAAGUCCCUGGAGGCCAGGGCUGAGAAGUACUCGCAAAAGGAGGACAAGUAUGAGGAAGAAAUUAAGAUCCUAACUGACAAACUGAAAGAGGCCGAGACGCGAGCUGAGUUUGCUGAGAGAUCUGUGGCCAAGCUGGAGAAGACAAUUGAUGAUCUGGAAGGUAAAACACUCAUUUCUCAACAAACCCCCCACAGUCCUGAUUAUGGCUUCCCUGUGUAA